UCAGCCGGCGCCGGCGCCGCACGCCGCCCAGUCGCGCGGGGGACACGCUGAGUUUCUGAUGCUCGCGUGCGGCGCGGGGAGAGGGACCCGGGGAGGAACGCGGGUCGCCGCUGCUCUGCGCCGCCAUGCAGGUGUCCAGCCUCAACGAGGUGAAGAUUUACAGUCUCAGCUGCGGCAAGUCUCUGCCCGAGUGGCUUUCUGACAGGAAGAAGAGAGCACUACAGAAGAAAGAUGUUGAUGUCCGCAGGAGAAUCGAACUUAUUCAGGAUUUUGAAAUGCCUACUGUUUGCACCACUAUUAAGGUGUCAAAAGAUGGACAGUAUAUCUUAGCAACUGGAACAUAUAAACCUCGGGUUCGAUGUUAUGACACCUACCAGUUAUCCUUGAAGUUCGAAAGGUGUUUAGAUUCAGAAGUUGUCACCUUCGAAACUCUGUCUGAUGAUUAUUCAAAGAUUGUUUUCUUACAUAAUGAUAGAUACAUCGAGUUUCACUCACAAUCAGGUUUUUACUACAAAACCAGAAUACCCAAGUUCGGGAGAGAUUUCUCCUACCACUACCCUUCCUGUGACUUGUACUUUGUUGGCGCAAGCUCUGAAGUUUAUCGACUAAACUUGGAACAAGGCCGGUACUUGAAUCCUCUACAGACCGAUGCCGCCGAGAAUAACGUGUGUGACAUCAACUCAGUACAUGGCUUGUUUGCCACAGGAACGAUAGAGGGUCGUGUGGAGUGCUGGGACCCGCGCACUCGCGGGAGGGUCGGCCUGCUGGACUGUGCAUUAAGUAGCGUCACGGCAGAUUCCGAGAUAAACAGUUUACCAACAAUCUCUGCUUUGAAAUUUAAUGGUGCCUUGACCAUGGCAGUUGGAACUUCUACAGGGCAGGUUUUAUUAUAUGACCUUCGAUCGGAUAAGCCAUUGCUGGUUAAGGAUCACCAGUAUGGGCUGCCCAUUAAGUCAGUUCAUUUCCAGGAUUCGCUAGAUUUGAUUUUGUCUGCAGACUCGCGCAUCAUCAAAAUGUGGAAUAAGAACUCAGGAAAAAUAUUUACUUCCUUGGAGCCAGAACAUGACAUUAAUGAUGUCUGCCUCUAUCCCAACUCAGGGAUGCUUCUUACUGCCAACGAAACCCCCAAGAUGGGCAUCUAUUACAUUCCGGUUCUGGGUCCUGCGCCCAGGUGGUGUUCGUUCCUGGAUAACCUGACAGAAGAGUUAGAAGAGAAUCCUGAAAGCACGGUGUACGACGAUUACAAAUUUGUCACCAAGAAAGACCUUGAAAAUUUAGGGCUCAUGCAUCUCAUUGGAUCACCUUUCCUCCGGGCGUAUAUGCAUGGAUUUUUCAUGGAUAUAAGACUCUAUCACAAGGUGAAAUUGAUGGUAAACCCAUUUGCUUAUGAAGAAUACAGGAAAGAUAAGAUCCGACAGAAGAUAGAAGAAACACGCGCACAGAGAGUCCAAUUAAAGAAAUUGCCCAAAGUUAACAAAGAGCUGGCACUUAAAUUGAUUGAGGAAGAGGAGGAAAAGCAAAGAUCUACCUGGAAAAAGAAAGUUAAGAGCCUUCCUAAUAUUCUCACUGAUGAUCGGUUUAAAGUUAUGUUUGAGAACCCUGACUUCCAAGUGGACGAAGAGAGUGAAGAAUUUAGGCUUUUGAACCCACUUGUUUCGAAAAUAAGUGAAAAACGGAAGAAGAAACUAAGACUCUUAGAGCAACAAGAACUUCGUGAACAAGAAGAGGAGGAAGAACCGGAAGGAAAACCAAGUGAUGCAGAGAGUUCUGAGAGUUCAGAUGAUGAGAAGGACUGGGUCGAAGAGGUCAGGAAGCAGCGCCGGCUGCUGCAGCGGGAGGAGAAGGUGAAGCGGCAGGAGCGGCUCCGGGAGGACCAGCAGACGGUCCUCAAGCCCCAGUUUUACGAGAUCAAAGCAGGCGAGGAAUUCAGGAGCUUCAAAGAUUCUGCCACCAAGCAGAAGCUGCUCAAUAAGACACUUGAAGAUCGUUUGAAACUCGAAGCAAAAAAUGGCACGUUGAGCGUAGCAGACACCACAGUCGGCAGCAAACAGCUGACAUUCACAUUAAAGAGGUCCGAACAGCAGAAGAAGCAGCAGGAGGCUGAGAAGCUGCACCGACAAGAAAGGAAAACCCUCCGUCGUUCAGCUGGUCACCUGAAGUCCAGACACAGACGUGGCCGGCCGUUCCACUGACUCCGUUCCACUGACUCAGUCCUGCCCACGGCUCGGGAAGAGCGCCCAGACUGACCGUCGUGGCAGCGCGCGGAACAGUUUAUGUAAACUGUUGGUACCUGAGCACGGUAAAGGUUUGGCACCUGUCCCCAUGCCUUCUACAGCAGACUUGGAGACCGCCCAGUCACCCGCACUGGGCGGUGCGUCGCCCCAUGACCUCGGGGCACUGUCUGUAUGUCCUUGUUCCCUGUAAACACUGUCUGUUUUCCCUCUGGUUUAAUCAAGUGAGGCCAGUGGUGGUUUUCUGACAUUGUGAAAUGUGUACCAUGAAAUGGAAGGUUAUCCUGUUGUAAAAAUGCAGAUCGGCCUUGUUGUAGGUGCAUUUUCCUUGCGGGGCCUGCUGCCCUUCGGGGUUGACCCCCAGGAACCUGUUCCUGUCUCACCGGAGCUGUCGUGCAGGCCAUGUUUGCAUUUCUGUAUUGGUAUUUUGUGACUUGUUUGUGUUGAGGGGGGGGUUAAAACAUUUUUAUAAAAAGAAUAUAAUUUAGUAAAUACCUAAAAAAUGGAAGCUACUGGUCUUUCUCUUAACUUUUUACAAGAUUAAAUACAGAUUUUCUUUCUUUUUUUUUUUUUUCUGUUUUUUAAAGUGCAAUUUGAGAUAAACUGGCUGGAGAAAACAUUUAUAAAAAUAAAUACCUUCAUUUGAAUAGCU